ACACGCUCCUCCACAUUUCCACCGGAGAACCAUUGAAACUCGAGGGACUGACACAAAAAGCGAUCGAUUCACAUAGAGAGGAACAAGACACAGAUCCGUGGCUAUGGGGUUAGGGUUGCUAGCUUCUCGAGCACUUCGACCUGCUUCUCGCCUCCUUCAUCAUCACCAGAAUCCUAGUUUCUUCCUCCGCUCCAUCGUCUCCAAACCCGAGCUCCAAUCCCCUGAAUCCGCCGCCGCAGCUCAGCCGGAUCCUACGCCGGAUCUCCCGCCCAGGAAUCCCGUAGGCGGUGCGCGAGUCCAUUUCCCUAACCCUGAAGAUGCGAUCGAGGUGUUCGUUGAUGGGUACCCGGUCAAAAUCCCUAAAGGGUUCACGGUUCUUCAGGCCUGCGAGGUCGCCGGAGUCGAUAUCCCGAGGUUUUGCUACCAUUCUCGGUUGUCGAUCGCCGGAAACUGCCGUAUGUGCCUUGUUGAGGUUGAGAAAUCGCCGAAGCCCGUCGCGUCGUGUGCCAUGCCCGCACUUCCAGGGAUGAAGAUUAAGACCGACACACCAAUAGCAAAGAAGGCGAGGGAAGGAGUGAUGGAAUUUCUGCUGAUGAAUCACCCUUUGGAUUGCCCAAUUUGUGACCAGGGAGGAGAAUGUGAUCUUCAGGAUCAGUCUAUGGCUUUUGGAUCCGACAGAGGCCGGUUUACUGAGAUGAAAAGAUCCGUCGUUGAUAAAAAUCUCGGCCCUCUUGUGAAGACGGUUAUGACUCGGUGUAUCCAAUGUACAAGGUGUGUACGAUUUGCUACAGAAGUUGCCGGUGUUCAGGAUCUUGGAAUGCUAGGUCGUGGUAGCGGAGAAGAAAUUGGGACUUACGUCGAAAAGCUUAUGACCAGUGAACUCUCGGGAAAUGUUAUCGACAUCUGUCCGGUAGGAGCCCUUACCUCAAAGCCCUUUGCCUUUAAAGCUCGAAACUGGGAGUUGAAAGGCACAGAGACCAUUGAUGUUAAUGAUGCUGUGGGGUCCAAUAUCCGAGUUGACAGUAGAGGACCAGAAGUCAUGCGUAUCGUUCCACGGCUCAAUGAGGAAAUAAACGAGGAAUGGAUAUCAGACAAAACCCGGUUCUGUUAUGAUGGUCUGAAGAGGCAAAGGCUGAGUGACCCAAUGAUCCGAGAUACUGAUGGAAGAUUCAAGGCGGUGAACUGGCGAGAUGCCUUAGCUGUCGUGGCCGAUAUCAUUCAUCAGGUCAAGCCAGAGGAGAUUGUUGGUGUAGCCGGUCAGCUUUCCGACGCGGAAUCCAUGAUGGCAUUGAAGGAUUUCAUCAACAGAAUCGGAUCAGACAACGUCUGGUGUGAAGGAAAUGGCGUUGGCCUUGACGCCGAUCUUAGAUACAGAUAUCUCAUGAACACUAGCAUCAAUGGCCUUGAAAAUGCAGAUCUCUUCCUUCUCGUUGGUACCCAGCCGAGAGUUGAAGCUGCAAUGGUGAACGCCAGAAUCCGUAAGACAGUUCGUGCAUCGAAUGCCAAGGUUGCUUAUAUUGGCCCACCUUCGGAUUUCAACUACGACUGCAACCACCUUGGGACUGGUCCCGAGACCCUCAAGGAAAUCUCCGAGGGCCGUCAUCCUUUCUGCUCGGCCCUCAAGACCGCCAAAAACCCCGCUAUCAUCGUUGGGGCAGGUCUCUUCAACAGACCUGACAGAGAAGCUGUUCUCUCUGCUGUGGAAUCCAUCGCGCAAUCCAACAAUGUCGUCCGACCCGACUGGAACGGCCUCAACUUCCUCCUCCUCUACGCUGCCCAAGCCGCUGCCUUCGAUCUCGGCCUCAUUCAACAGUCCGAAAAAGCCCUUGGGUCAGCGAAAUUCGUCUACUUGAUGGGUGCAGACGAUGUAGACGUCGAGAAAAUCCCCAAAGACGCCUUUGUGGUCUAUCAAGGUCACCACGGGGACAAAGGCGUGUACCGUGCGAAUGUGAUCCUCCCGGCUUCUGCCUUCACCGAGAAAGAAGGAACCUACGAGAACACCGAGGGUUUCGCCCAGCAGACCGUUCCCGCUGUUCCGACGGUAGGUGAUGCCCGGGACGACUGGAAGAUCAUCAGAGCUCUGUCCGAAGUUGCCGGAGUACAGCUUCCGUACAACUCACUCCAUGGGGUUAGGUCGAGGAUCAAGGCGGUGGCACCGAACCUGGUGGUGCAGCCGGACGAGCGGGAGCCGUCGGGUUUUGGGCCAUCGUUGAAACCGGAGUGCAAGGAGAAAACGGUGAGCUCGACGCCGUUCGAGCCGGUGGUGGAGAACUUUUACAUGACGAACUCGAUCACGAGAGCUUCUAAGAUCAUGGCUCAGUGCAGUGCCCUGCUCCUUAAGAAAUGAUCCUAAUUUUUUUUUUUUUUCUUCCAAUUCCAAUCCCGAAAGUGAAAGUACGGAUUCCGCGGUUAAGUCUGCCUCUCUGCUUUUGUCUUUGUUUCGAGCUGUCGGUUUAGCUCUGGGGACGCCAUUAACGUUGCAAUAAACUCAUCCCGGAUUAUUUUCUUAUGUAGAAUUUUAUUGUAAAAGAUUGCUUGUGACGAGGACA